AUGCCGAGAUUAUCCGCAAAGAAAUUGCUCAAAAUAACUUCUUAUGACGUGCCACCAAAUCUGACGCUUGGGUUAUUGACAGAUGAAUCUCAAGGGACCCUAUUAUCUUAUUAUGAAGAUGUUAUAAGUCGUAUGAUUACAACAAUAGAUGAUGCAGGAAACGGCUUCAGAAACGUACUUCUUCCCCUUGCACUCUCAUCUAGGGAUUUAAGCAGUCAGGCCUUGCUUAAAGCAACCAUUGCCCUUUCAGCCUUUCAUCUCGGACGAUAUGAGUUGGCUAUUCAAAACAAGCUUGCGGCAAUCAAAGCACUAUCAGCAUCGAUAAAUGCGGGUACAGGCUCCGAAGCUAUUCAACUUGCCGCGUGCAUGAUGCUGUGUGUCAAUAGUGUAUUUGAUGCGUCGGAUGACAGUUGGACUAUUCAUCUGCAGGGUGCUCGAACGAUUCUGCAAGGUUCUCGCGACACGCGAAUAAAGAACUCGCAUAUGCCCUUUCUCUUAGAUUGGUUCGCUUACCACGAUGUGCUGCAAAAGUACACCCUGGUCCAUGGUACUGGGUCCGAAGCGUGCCUCAUCGCAUCGAUCGAAGAAGUCACAGAUCCUAAAGACACAGAGGCUACAGAGUUUGCAGCAAACAGUCAAGAUCCAGCCUGGGAUUACAGCUGGGAACCUCAACAUUAA